GUUACCUGAGUCUUUCAUUACUGCCACUGUCAUAUAGUCUAGCUUUAUUUUGUCUAAUCUUUGCAAGUAAAGCUUUGUUGACACGUCUGUAAUGUAACAGCCCUGAAGUGAGAGUUCAAAUCUUAGCGUUAAUGAUUACAUUUCAGUGAUCUAUAGUGCGAGGCAUUUCAUAACAGAACUUUUUCGUUCUUUGGGAAACAUGAGGUCACAGUCACGUAUUCUCACUUAUGUGAUUUUGGGAUUCUGUGUGUUUGGGAGCGUAAAGUGUGGGAAUAUCUUGGUGUGGUACACAGAGGCCAGUCACUGGAUAAAUCUCAAACCUGUGCUGGAGACGUUGACAGACCGUGGACACAGCGUCACCGUUCUGCUCCCUAAUGCCACACUCUUCAUGGACGCAACGGAGAAGAGUCGCUAUAGUUACGAGAUGUUUAACGUUUCGCUCUCCUUGGAUGAAGUAAGUGACUGGCUGGAUGAGCUAAUGCACUUUUCAAUGUACGAGAUGGACAAACUUGACUUGUUACAACUUCAUAUCAAGUUUUAUCAAAUGAUGGCCAAAGACCUGGACUUUUGUCUUGCUUACUGUGAUGGGCUGCUGAAAACAGAAUCAGUUAUGGAAAAACUACAGCGAGGAGGAUACAAUGUUCUGCUUGCAGAUCCCAUUUUUCCUUGUAGUGAAUUAGUGGCUGAGACAUUAGGUAUUCCCAUUGUUUACACUCUCCGGUUCUCCAUCGCUCAUACGAUGGAGAGACUUUGUGGACAGACCCCGGCUCCACCUUCUUACGUACCUGGUGCCAUGAGCAAAUUCACCGAUAAGAUGACUUUUUCUGAGAGAAUAUGGAAUUUCCUCUUCUACGUGUCCCAGGACGCUUUGGCCGGGAGUUUGUGGAAGAAAUUAGACACAUAUUACAGUGACUAUUUAGGUCGACCUACGACGUUUUGUGAGAUGAUGGGAAAGGCUGAUAUCUGGCUGAUCCGAACCUACUGGGACUUUGAGUAUCCCCGUCCGUUCCUGCCUAACUUUAAAUAUGUCGGUGGAAUUCACUGCAGACCUGCUAAACCGUUACCAAAGGAUAUGGAGGAGUUUGUGGAGAGCUCAGGAGAUGAUGGUGUUGUGGUUUUCACUCUGGGCUCCAUGAUCAGGAACAUGACCAAAGAGAAGGCAAACACGAUCGCUUCUGCUUUGGGUCAGAUACCACAGAAGGUUCUGUGGAAGUACAGUGGUGAGAAGCCAGAGACUCUGGCUCCAAACACCAGACUAUACGACUGGAUCCCCCAAAACGAUCUACUGGGUCAUCCAAAGACCAAAGCCUUUAUCACUCAUGGUGGAACCAAUGGAAUCUAUGAGGCCAUAUACCAUGGAGUUCCUAUGGUGGGAAUCCCCGUGUUUGCUGACCAGCCAGACAACAUGGUCCAUAUGAAGGCUAAAGGAGCUGCAGUCAUCAUGGACUUUAACAGCAUGGAGACCAAAGACCUGGUGGACGGGCUAAAAGCUGUAAUCAAUGACCCAUCGUAUAAGGAGAAUGCCAUGAGGUUGUCCAGAAUCCACCACGACAGACCAGUACACCCAAGGGAUGAGGCCGUGUUCUGGAUUGAAUUUGUGAUGCGCCACAAGGGGGCUAAGCACCUGAGGGUGCAGGCCCAUAACCUGACCUGGUAUCAGUACCACAGUCUGGAUGUGUUUGCUUUCCUAUUGGCCAUAAUUGCUCUAGUUCUCUUCAUGUUCUAUAAAAUACUGAAGUCCUGUGUUGUGAGGUGCUGUUUUAGAUCCAGAUCCAAGAGCAAAAAAGAGUGAACGAGAAGUCUCUGAGAACAUUAAAAUCAUAUUUUCAUUUUGUAUCUGUGUUUUAAACAGUCUAAUUUGAUCAGUUUGGUGUAAUGUUUUGCAGUCAGGUUUCUUGGACAAGGGUUGAGAGCAGUCGUGAACACUACAGCAAAUCACAUGUUUUUGGGCUAGUUGUUUUCUUCAAAGACUUAUGCAGUGUGUGGGUAGUUCUAAUUGGGUUGACUCUAAUGUUAUGUAGAUGUUCCAGGUGUUAGACUGUAUGAUUCUGAACUUAACAUACUCCCUUUGCAUCCAUGUGUCCUGCUCUGGUUGGCCUGACUACUGUUUUAGAAAGCAUAGAGUUUUCAUGCUGUUUUUGUUUAUUACAAAGGGAUGGGAUCUGUGGAGACAUCUGGAAAUAUCUUGAUAUUGUUUGUCAUUUUAUAUGACGCUAAUAAAAAAAAAACAAAACAAAAAAACCACUCUCAGAUCCAUAAGAUGAGUUUUCAUGGAUUACAUAAAACAAAAACAAAAUGACCAAAAUCGCUGAUUAGAAAGAUAAUCAGCAGAUCAAAUAAAACAUAAAACACUUUGAAGAGGUUGUUUGUUCUGUUCAACUCUGUUUUGUGGACCUCAAGAGUCCAGUACUGCUAGGACAGUACAUUUACGCCCCACUUCAGUUUUGUGUGUGUUCUUCUGAUUUGCUUUCUACUUAUAUUGAACAGCAUGCAUUUCUUUAACCGCAGUAGGGCAGGUGAACACACCUCGUGUGUUUGAAAAGCUGCCAUGCUGGGAUGGGCGGGGUGGAGCAGACAGCACCUGCAGUUGCACCCUGUCAUGUCAGACUUAAGGUGGAAAGCAGUAGAGCUUUCCUGGCAUCUGAAACCAGGAGAUAUACACAAAGGUGUGCCCCGGCUCCUGAGAGCUGCGUCUCACCUCGGCCAAAAGCAUCCAAGUUAGCACAACUGCUUUGAUGCAAGUGGUGUUAUCAAUGUCUGGCAAAAGUCCUGCAUUGAUCACCACACAGCUCCUGAGGAGGUAUGUCAAAAUAACCCUGUGUUUUAUGUAGUGCCCCACUCCCUUCUGUAUUAUAAAUACCUUGUGUUGAAUAAAACUGGGAAAAUAGGG